AUGGGAUCCUUUUCCAUAAGGGACAUUCUUAAUCUUCCAGAGGACAGAAUCCGAUCAUUGAAUUCCAAGAGCGAAGAACAGAUGUCAUUUCAAGACAGGAGCUACCCUCCACAGACGUUGUCCAGUCCAGACGAGCCAGAGGCAAACGCGCCAGAAACGGCCAAGUCAAGUAUGAAUUAUUUUAGUGUUCAUGAAAAUUUUUUUAUGGUAGAUAUAAGGGCGCCGUAUUCAAAAACAUUAUUAAAAGAGUCGAGUACAACGCAGGAGAUAAGCCGACUUUCUUGAGAGUUUAUUAUGAAAGAUAGCGGGCGAGGAUUUUCUUCAUUAGAGUUAAGAAUAGCGAGGCCUUCAAACUUCAUCAUAUCUGAGAAAUCUCGCAGUUGCCCUACUUAACUGUCAAGCUGUAUAUUGUGCAUCACAGAAGCGUAUAACAUACAGUAGCGACUAUCUGAGGUUGUUCAGCAUUGUGGCGAAUAGCGCAUCGUUUCUACCACCACUUAUAUCCUCAAUAGAAACGGAAAAAGCUUCAAGUGAUUAAUUCUGCUAUGGUGCGAAAAAUAUGUCAAGAAAUUGUCAACCUUUUGAGUUUGCGAGCCGGUUCUGUUUCGGCCGGCUGUGUUCAAAAACUCUUAUUCUGUUUUUGUUAGCGUGAUUAAACUUCGAUGAUUUGAGGUUGUUUGACUUCAAGGACUUUUAAAUGAGCAAAUUCAGCGUUUCAAUCUUGAGAUAAGGUGAAUAGAGGCAAUCCAGAAUAGAUUAUUCAGGCUUCAUAAUGUAACUGGUAGUCUGUUGAAAAUCGCAUCGAAGGGACUCUAACUUGAACAACUUUCAUUUCAUAUUCACAGGCGGCCAACAAACAAGCGUCUCGCAGUUUGACUCCGUCAAAAAGGAUCAUUCCGACAAAGACUUGAAGAAACGCAAACGGCGAGUGUUGUUCACGAAAGCGCAAACUUUUGUCUUGGAAAGAAGAUUUCAACAGCAGAGAUACUUAUCUGCGCCCGAACGAGAGGAAUUGGCGAGAAUCGUAAAUCUUACACCAGCCCAAGUGAAAAUUUGGUUUCAGAAUCACAGAUACAAAUAUCGUAAGCAGAUUAGCGAACGAGGACCUUGGGACAAACCGUACUCUCCGCUUUCACAAGGAGCGUUGCUAAAUGGUUCUGGACAAUUCUGCAGUUGUGUUAGUCCUUCGUGUAACUAUCUAAGCGGGUCGCCAUACCAAGGUGACUACUUGCACUAUCCUCCCUCCGUAAACUCUUCCUACAUACAACCUACAACUUAUUGGUAA